CUUGCUGUUGGACAUGCGCGUGGUGUAGAACACGGAAUAUGGCGGCCUGCAUCUGAUGGCAAAUGAAGGAUCUGACGCGAAUACCUUCUCGAAACUGUAACCAGAUCGGAACUACAACUACGUUACUAAGUCUUUGGCCGUGCUGUGUUCUUACCGUGGAGCUCAGCACCGCGUCGGUAGUGGCACAUUGACCAGUCUGUGGUCUCCUCACCUGGCACCUGGUGGUACCAUCGGUCACAAUGGGCCGAACACCUCAGAAAGAGCCAAAAGAAGAGAGGAGGGAGAAACCUGAGAGAAGUAACCCCUCUCCGGGAACCGGUCCCCCCUCUCUGGAUAAAUCUAAUGAACCCUUCAGUUGGGAGGAGUACCUUAAGGAAACGUCAUCCACAGCCGCGUCUCCCAGCUGUUUCAGACAGUCCCGUUUCCCUCCCAGUAAUGACUUCAAGGCUGGUAUGAAGCUGGAAGCCCACGACCCUCGGAACAACACGUCCAUCUGCAUCGCCACGGUGAUGGGUAUGAUGGGUACACGUCUGCGUCUCCGUCUGGACGGGAGUGACAACACCAACGAUUUCUGGAGACUGGUGGACUCCUCAGACAUCCAGCCUAUAGGGACCUGUGAGAGGAGAGGAGACAUGUUACAGCCACCUCUGGGCUUCAGAAUGAACGCCUCCUCGUGGCCUAUGUUCCUCCUGAGAACCCUGACUGGAGCAGAGAUGGCACCAGCCACAGCUUUUAAAAAGGAACCCUCCAAGCCCUCCCAGAACCUAUUUAAACCUGGGAUGAAGCUAGAAGCAGUGGACAAGAAGAACCCCUACCUGAUCUGCCCGGCAACCAUCGGAGAGGUCAAAGGUGAUGAGAUCUUUGUGAUGUUUGACGGCUGGAGAGGGGCCUUCGACUACUGGUGCCAGUUUGACUCCAGAGACAUAUUCCCUGUAGGAUGGUGUUCUCUGACCAGGCACAGCAUCCAGCCUCCUGGCAACUUCUUCACCCUCCCCAAGGCCCUCUUCCUCCCAGCCUCCUCCUCUCCCCCCGCCCCCUCCAGACGCUCCAUGCAGUCCCCCUCCUCCUAUCGCCUGCCCCAUCCGCUGCCCCCUCUGCCCGUGCGGAAGGGGGUCCGGGGCCGGCGCCCCAAACUGCAGACCAUCGCCCUGCUCAAGGCAGCGGCAGAGGCAGCAGCGGAGGCUGCUCUGAAUGGUACGCCACAGGUCUCCGGCUCCCAGCUAGCACCCAGACCCCAUAAGAAGAGGGGGCCCAAGCCUGGGAGCAAGAGGAAGCCACGUGUGCUGCCCUCCUCGGGGACAGGCUCUGUAUAUACUACUACAGCCUCUGAGACCAGACUGAUCAACAACGUUCAUGGACCGAAGGACAACAGCCCCGGAGUGGUCUCCACAGUGUGUGUGUACGUGAACAAGCACGGAGCCUGCGGUCCACACCUGGACAGGAAGCAGUUGCAGCAGCUGCCGGACCACUUUGGGCCAGGUCCGGUCAACACUGUCCUACAGCAGGCUGUUCAGGCAUGUGUGGACUGUGCCUACCAACCAACCUUCCUCUUCAGCUUCCUACAGUCCCAGUCCGAUGGAGGAGAGAUCAUCAGAGUGCGGUCUGAUGGGGGGAUCCACUAUGUCAAGCUGCCACAGGCCUCCUCUGCCUCCUUUGUGCUCAGGUUCAUGGAGACUCUGUGUCACCAGCUGCAGAGUGACAACCUGUUCUCCUCCCAACCCUUCAGCCCUGCAUUCAUGGCCUCCACUGGACACACAGCCUACGACAGGAGCACAUCAGUAAAAGAAGAGAUGUCAGAGGCCUUGUCCAUAGCCAGAGGCUCCGUAGGAAGGAGCAGGCGCUUCCAGAUGGACAGAGACAGGGACUGUAACCUUUACCCUUCUCCCCUGUCCUCCUCCAAACGGCUGCACAGCACAGAGGCACACCCCUCGGAAGAGCCCCUUCCUCGCAGUGAGAACGGUUUGACUGAGGACCCUAUGGACACCUCCACCUCUCCCUCCAUGACCCCUCGCCCCCUGACACAACGCACCACCUCAGAGUACCGUGGCCAGGGGUCCAGCAGCCCCUACUACCCUGGGUCUGGGUCUGGUCACCCCCCACCACCACCCCUCAGGCGCCUGGCCCCCAACCCUUCUGACCUGGGGUCCAGAGGGCUACAGAGAAGAGUGGAAGGUAGGCCUUCUGCGAGCUCCACCACAGGUCCUGAGCACCUGGCAGCUGCAGACCGGGAGGCUGCAGCGGGGAACGGGGCCGGGAACGCCCCUUCCUCCUGGUCUGUGGAUGAGGUGAUGCAGUUUGUCCACGACGCCGACCCCCAAACCCUCGGACCCCACGUGGAGCUCUUCAGAAAACACGAGAUCGACGGAAAGGCGCUGAUGCUUCUACGUAGUGACAUCAUCAUGAAGUACAUGGGUCUGAAGCUAGGCCCCGCCCUCAAGCUAUGUCACCACAUCGAGAGGCUCAAACAGACCAAACAGUAACACACACACACACACACACACACACACACACACACACACACACACACACACACACACACACACACACACACACACACACUAGAAUGGGAAGAUCAUCUUAGCUGUGAAACCCUAAGCACAAUGAGUCCUUAAUCAUUCCUUUGCAGAGACCUUCAUACCUCAUCCUGUGAUGAAGAGCAUUCAGAGAAACAGUAUGAACGUCAGUGUGAACGUCAGUGUGAACGUCAGUACAGAGAAACACUAUGAACGAACUUCAGUCUACUAUUCUUUAGAAUAGACUCAGCUGAAUCCCAAAGGAUGAUGUUGAGUGUUUACCUACCUAUGCAUUGCCCAUGUACACCUUCUCUCAACCCUUACCUACUUAGCCUGGUCCCAGAAUGUUCUGUAAAAAACAAACAGAUCUGAGACCAGGCUACUGUCAGCCGUGGAGACCUAGAGAUGCAAGGAGCCAUCUCCACACAACCCCCAACGGCAUGUAUUACUUGUUGCACUAGCCUCUCAUUGCAAUAAGAUAUCAACCAUUCAGCUUCUAUAUGGAGACUGUGAUUUGAUUCUUCAAUAGUUUUAAUAUCAAAGGAUGUUGAUAAGGAGAAUGUACCAUGCUGUUAAGAUUCAUUGUUUGUUUUGGACACCACAUUUGACCGUACUCCACAUUCAGGGUGUGACAUCACACAAUCUGGACUCGUUGGAACACUGAUCGUUCUUUGGAUCGCCCCAAUGGAACUUCUAACCAGGAUCUAUGAUUGUGAUUGGACAUUGCGUGUAGAUUCUAGAAUACGUUGGACAAUGAAGACAGGAAGUUCCUGUUCAAGUCAACGUCUCAUUGUAAAAGAAGAUGGUGGACUUAUGUUUGAAGAACCAGACAAAAAACCUGUGUUUUACAUAAAAAGCCAAAAAAUAUUUUUUUUUUUUUUUAUAUCUUGGAUUUUGUACUGUCUUUAAAAAGUAUUAUUAAUCUCUGCAUAUAUACAGGAAGGUUGUGUUGAAUCCUGUCUGUAUUUUAACCCAAACAGUCUGGUAUUUGUACUGGUAGUGUUGGCUACACCAUCAGAUACCUGAUGGUAGCCAAGCUGAACAUUGAUUGCAACACGUGUAUGGCCUUCAUCUCAUUUCAAAUCAUAGCCGUUAAAAGUAGAUAGUUGACUGUUGGUUGUCGGAAGGUUUUCAAGCACCAAAUGGACAGUUGAUAUGUAUCUAACGUUUCAUGUUCAGGAUAUCCUGCAUAUAUGGAUACAAGGCUGUGUAGCAGUCAGACAAACAGGAUAUGGAGUGUUAGGGGGAUUCAACACACAAGGAGAAGAGAUGUGGAUGUGGAUUCAUUUGUGUCACAACAACCUAUAAUGUGAUAAAAUAGGACUUAUUUUUACUAUUUAUCUUGUCGCUGUGGCAGAAGAAGUGAUCCAUUUCUGAACAUUUUCCAGAAGGUUCUCAGUUUAAAUGAACGGUAAUACUUCAAACGGCCUUGCUUUAUUGUGAUACUCAGGUUUUACUAGGCUUUUGUGUUUUAGGACAGACUUCUUCAUAGUAGCAUUUGCUUGUUGUAAAGUUCAUUUUCUGUUUGACAAUAUUUUAGAUCAACUUUGUAUAUAUUUUUUAAUAUUCUACAUUUCCGUCUGUUGUUCCAUAGAAACAACACACAGUGUACAUAUAUAUACAGUAAAAACAACUUCUCAAGUACCGGUACUGGAAAAGGCUUGUUUGUUAAAUAAUAUUCGCAUAUGUACUUUCACGCAAUUAAACUUUUUUUUUUUUUCA